GCAAGAGUCCACACACACACGCACACACACACCACACACACACACACACGAGCAGCUUCUUCGUACUUUCGUACUCGUUGACGUCUCACCUCCCUCCUCGCAGAGUGCAGCAAGCACCAUGUCGCAACCGCAAUCAUCACAACAAAGCACAAGGAGCAAGGCUUCAGCCACAGGUCGCCCCGGAGGCAGCAGUGCGUCCAACGACGGCAGCGUCCCAUCUCAGCGACCGACGCGGCAGCAGCAACAGCAACAACAGUCGCCAGGGCGAGCUCGCAAGUUCUUGCUGGACUUACCUUCGACAACUCCGAAACCGCACCUGAGAAGAACGCCGCCUGGAGGGAGAAGGACCCUCAAAACUUCCACUGUCAGCAGCACCGGCCCAUCCCCUUCGGCCUCACAAAACAGCUCCGGUCGCGCUUCCCCGAGCGUGCGUCGGAGAAGGCAACGCUCCGUCAGCCCCUCACGCAGCAGACCAACCUCCACCACGCCUACACCCAGGGAUAAAGGCAAUGAGAAGAGGCAUCGACGCACCGAGAAACAGCGCAAAAAGGAAGAAGCCAGCAUCCGCCGGGACCUGGCCUGGAUGCUCUCAAAGCUGCUUGGCAUCCACGCGGCAGAUUUCAAGGCAGAGCUGACCUCGCAGAAAACACUGUACGCAUGCUACACGCUGGCGCUAGAUGAGCUGAAGCGGCUGCGUGGCUAUGAUGCCUUCUCCCGUGACGUGUUGGUGUCCCUUGGCCGCGCUCGCCUUCACGAUGCUCUCAAAGCGUUACAGACAGUCGUCACGCUGCUCCGUACAAGAGACUGCAAGUCGUACAUAAAGAAGCUGCAGCGCGGCAAGAAGCGCAAGGGCAACAAGUCCCCCCGCAGCAGGUCGCCCAGGUCCCCGCGUGCAGCCUCAUCAGGGUCGUCCAAGGCACCGGUGCAGGGGAACAGCUCCCCUCUCCCCAUACGUAGCAGCGCGCGAGCACAAUCUGCAACAGCAAAGCCUGCCACCAAACGCUUGGCGUCCUCGGCUGCGGGAAAGGCCUCCGCAGGAAGUGCCAUCCCGCCCAAGAAUGCAUCCCGGCGUACGCUCGCACCACCAACCAGCGCAGAGCCGUCACGAAGGCGUGACACAGCCCGCGGUCACAGCCAAAGCCGGAGCACAAGCACAAGCCGCAGCAGAAGCAGAAGCAAGUCCCCAAGGCCGCGCUCUCGCAGUCCUGGUGAAUCUAGCGAUGCCAGCGACACGAGCAGCUCAGAUGACGAUGAUGAUGAUGAUGAUGAUGAUGAUGAUGAUGAUGAUGAUGACGGCGCAGGCGAUGGCGAUGAUGAUGAUGAAGAUGAUGACAAUGACAGCGACGGCGACGAUGGAGGCGCACGCAGAAAGCCAGCAGGUGACGGGGGAGAAGCUGACCAAGGUGAAGACGAGCUGCUGUUGCAAGACGAUGGCGAGUGCUCGCGGGCAACCGUAGAUCGCGCCCUGCAUCGCGCAAUCGAGUAUGCCAUUGCCGCCUUUGCGGAGAGCGGUGACGGCAUUUCCCGCAGCCUGGCGCUCAAGGUGGAGGUGUGUGGCGAGGCGUACCAGCAUCGCAAGCGCCGUGCGUUCCCACCCGGGACGCUGCAGCGGUUUGGCCGGCUGGUCGUCGAUUCGCACGCAACGGCACAAGCAAGCGACAGCACAGACCCUACAGGCAGCGUGCUUGGUGUCCUUCGCGCCCUCGACGCCUUGACCUCCGCCAUGCAGGACUGGGUGUCGUCGGCGCCCACAUCUGCUUCGUCAGCAUCAGCAAGGGCGCUUGCGCACCAGGAGCAGCGCCUGACGGUAGCCAUGGGCGCGCACGGCGGCCCCUCGUUGAAGCUGGACCCGGCGGUUGACCUGCGCUGGCGCUGCUGGCAUGCGUGCAAGCCGGUUGUCUUGCAGCCGUCAACAGUGAGGGUGGCGUGUGACUACGUGACUUGCUUCGAUGCAACCACACCGUGGGUGGUGAGCGGCACAACCGCGGGCACGCUGCACGUCAUUCGUGUCGGGGAUGACCUGUCCCACGCCCUGCGCAAGUCUCUGCCUGCAGCGCACAGCGGCGACGUUGUGUGCGCACGGCUUGUCAGCAGCACCGCGCGCGCGUGCAUCGUUGCCACUGGCGGUGCAGACCAGCGCGUCCGGCUCUGGUACGCUGCCAUGCCCAAGAAGAAGGAGGCCGCGGGCAGCGCAUCGGGCGUCUCCACAACAACAGCGCUGCCGCUGCACGUCACAUGCAUUGCAAAUGUCCACGAGCACUACGGUUGGGUGCGAUCGCUGGCUGUGUCGCCGCAAGCACCAGCUGGCGGUGGGCUCGCGUCGCAGAGAUGGCUGCUGAGCGGUGGUGGUGACAGCACUGUCGUGCUGUGGUCGCUGCACGCAACGCUGUCCAGCAACAGCAGCAAAGGAUCCUUGACGAAGCUGGUCAACCCGUACUUCGUCAAGGCCGCGCACCAACGGCGAGGAAGUGCGGUGAGCACGGCUGGUGUCAGUCGCGGUGACGAUGUCAACGGGGAUGGCGAUGGCGAUGGCGACGCUACUAAUGAGGGCGGUGAUGAGGAUAGGAGCGGUGGUGUUCGUGGUGAGCACAGGGGCAGCCAUGGUGGUGUGGACAUGCAGCCGGCCAAGACAGCAGCAGCGCGAGCAGACGUGAAAGGGUACGCGUCGUCCGUGUCCUUCGCUUCUUCUUCUUCCUCCUCCUCCUCCGCUUCCACCAUGAACGAUGCUGAUGAGAGCAAGAGGGUGCUGACGUUCCAUGAUCGCAGCAAGGUGCACACGCACUGGGUGAUGGAUAUGGCAUGGGUGUCUGAGUCGCUGGCUGUCUCGUGCUCGCCAGACUGCGGCCUGGCGCUGCUCUGGGUUGAUGUGCCUCCUGCGGGCGUGUUUGGGGCGUGCGCGCGCCUGACACCGCUGCAGCGUGUAGAGCGCGCACACGCAAACUGGCCACGGUGUGUGCUGGUGCAAGGGAAAUUCCUUCUCACCGGCAGCUCUGAUGGCAUGGUGAAAGUAUGGCACCUUGCGCCCGGCGUUGAGGCUGAUGUCGACGAUGACAACGAUGAUGGCAGCAGUGGUGGCCGGGGUGACAAGGGUGGUGGGGCGAGAGCGAGGAGGAAGCGGAGCUCCAGUCAGAGACAGCUUGAUGGUUCGCGCAGAGGCUCCGGUGAUGCUGCUGUGCAGCGCGUGGCUGAUGGCAGGAUGACGGGAGGAGCCGUGGGCAGCUCAUCUUCCUCAGCAGCGCAGCAGGGUGGCGGUUUGAAGCGACGCACAUCCACCAGCACCAGCACCGGUGGUGGUGGUGGCGGUACUUCUGGCUCAGGUGGUGCCAUGCAAAUGCGGCGAGUAUCGGCAACACGGCGCAGCUCCAAUUCGCCUGCUGUGCAUCUCAAGUUUGCCACGGAGCUGCACCAUGGCAAAGGCCGGACGCUGGCGCUGGCGCGUGCGCAUGACCAGGUGCUGGUGUCGACAGAGGAGGACACGGUGCUGCGGUGUCAGGUUGACAAAGAGACUGGGACGGUGACCCCGUACCCGGCCGGUGAUGAGCUGCAGCCCUUGACGUCGUCGGAUGCACAUGUGGGCAUUCGUGGGGUGCACUUUAGUGACGAGCUUGGCCUUGUGUUUCUUCAUGAACACCUCUCUGUUCUCCCGCCACCGGAGCACGCGCAACCACGUGAUAAUUGUGGUGGUGAUGGUGAUGGUGAUGGUGCUGCUGUGUAGUAGCAGUGAGACCGGUCAGUGAGAGCAUGUGUGUGUGUACGUGUGCGUGUGUCUGUCUGUGUGUCCGUCUGUGUGUCUGUCUGUCUGUGUGUCUGUCUGUCUGUCUGUGGAUGUGCGUGCGUCUGUCUGUCUGUGUGCGUGCGUGUGUCCGUCCGUGCGUGUGUGAGUGAAUGUCUGCUGUCCUUCCUGCCAACUGCUUGGGCCCGUUGCAUACAACCCGUGGUUCAAAAAAAUAAGAAGAAAGAAAAGUGA